GUAGCUUGUCGAGCGGGUUGCUUGGAACUGUUUGCUCACUGCUGUUCAUCCGUGAGAAAUGUUAAUGCCGUUAUUUGGCGUUGCUGUUGGGGAUGCUAUGUUGACUUUUGACAGAAGACUUGGUUACUUCACCGAUACGGCGAUUAAAACGAUUGCACGAACCACGAUGAUCUGAGGUGUGGACUGCACUGACAUGUCUCACCCCGAGGACACCACCACUGUGCGGGACUGGUUAAGUGGCCUCCGUCUCGACCAGUACUGCGAAGCGUUCCAGAGUGCAGGACUGUCGACUUUUGCAGAAUGCCGAAACCUCGCACUGGAUCAGCUGGAGCAGAUGGGAAUCUCGCUUCCAGGCCAUCAGAGACGCAUCCUGGCUAACCUAAACAAGACCCGAGAUGUCCCGUCUCCGCCGCAGUUUGAUAGGUAUUCAAUCCACGUUUCAGCUGAGAGACCAGAACGAGAUCAAGAAUUGGAGGAGACACAAAAAACAUGCGUCCUGAAUGUAGAUGAUAAAAAAACCGAACAGACCAAUGAAAUUGAAGGUGGAGACAAACAGGAAGUAGUGUCCCAAAAUAAACAAAUGUGCAGGAAGAAGGAGGAACUUGAAGAGCAUGAGAGGGUGAUAAUUCUCGAACCUAAAGAGGAGCGCAUUAUAGAAAAAGAGAGGCCCGUUCCAAAAGAGAGGACAAAGUUCCGUUCCAGUGCCCCGAUUCUUUCGGAGUCUCAACCCACUUCCCAAAUUUCUCCCGCCUGUGACACCUCUUUGCCUCCAGUUCCGCCACGGAGCACCUUAAACUGCCCUCCACAGCGCUUCACCUCGGCCUUGACACCCUCGCCCCCUGCGCAACGCCCUGCCUCACCCCCGUCUUUGUUCUAUACCCCAACACAAGAACCCGACCAGCCACCUUGGGUCCCCUCCUCCCAAAUUGACGUGUCAUCUCAAGAAUCAAACAGCGAUGGAACACAAAAGGUCUCCGCUGCAACCUUCGCAGCCUCCCCCGGGAAGGAUAGAAAAGCUCCACCUCUACCGCCAAAAGUUGGGGCGUUUUCACGAGGCCCUCCUAGAAUUCCAUGCAGGCAUCCGGUACUGUCUUCCAGAACUCACAGCCCGCCUUCUAGCAAAACCGAUCAACUGCUUCAAGAUCAAACUCCAAGGGUUCCUCCUCGCAUCAAGACUUCUCAAAUUCCAGAAAUCCUCCAACAGUCAAGCCAAGCAGACUCUCAGCCUGCCUUGCUUGCCCGGGGAACGCCUCAGUUUCCUCCUGAGACACCGUUGCCCUCCAUGGAUGGUGACUAUGAAGAAUCGGACACGUCUUACGCCAGCGUUAAUCAAGUGAACCUUAAGGAAAAGGAAAUGUCGCUGCAAGUGCCCGUUGUAGCAAAGGGGCGGUACAGUUCUUUGUGCAGUGAUGACGAACUGUUGGACGAUGAUGAUACGACUGUUUGGGAGGAACCGGGCCUCAUCAGCCUUCAAAGCAGCAUCUACUUACCUAGCGCCGGCAAACUGGCUUUACCUCCAACAGAAGACACUUCUCAGGCCUUUGCUGUUAUCAAGAUGGGCUGGCUGGACAAGAAUCCCCCCCAGGGGGCCCUUUAUUAUCAGAGGCGAUGGGUGAAGCUCGAUGUUGACUACUUGAGAUACUUCGAUAAUGAGAAGCAAGUGUACUCCAAGGGGAUCAUCUCAACUGCGUCAAUAACUAAUGUCACAAGUGUUGGGGAGCUGAAGUUUGAGGUCAUCACAAACAACCGCACGUUUAUCUUCAAGGCUGAAAGUGAAGCUGAGAGAAACGAGUGGGUGACGCUGCUGCAGGAUUGCACUAGAGGGCGCCAGAGACGCAGUACAAUGAACCCUGGUUCACAUUUGACACCGGAUUUUAAAGGCUAUUUGGAGCUGAAAGGUUUACGCUCCAAACUUUUUACAGUGGUGGCAGCAGAUAAGAUCUUUCUCUAUAAAAACAUGGAGGACUACCGUAUUGGAGUGGGAAUCACAUCCAUUGAGAUGAAUGUGGGAAAUGUUAAAGUUACAGAUCGUCGCAGCUUCGAUCUCACUACACCUUACCGUAUUUUCAGUUUCAUCGCAGAGUCGGAACAACUGAAAGACCAGUGGGUGGACGCGAUGAGGGAUUCCAUAGGUGAGGCCUUGUCCAAUAGGGAUGUCGCGGAUCGCAUAUGGGCGGAGCCAAGCAACAGUUCCUGUGCAGACUGCGGGGCUCCCACGCCGGAAUGGGCCGCCAUUAACUUGUGUGUUGUGGUCUGCAAACGAUGUGCAGGGGAACACAGAGGACUCGGCCCCAGCAUCUCCAAGGUUCGGAGUCUCAAAAUGGACAGGAAGGUUUGGACAGAGGAGCUUAUACAGGUGUUUUUGCUGCUUGGCAAUGAACGUGUUAACAGUUUCUGGGCGGCCAACGUCCCGCCAAGUGAGGCUCUGACGCCUUCAAGCUGCAGCGACGACCGGCGGCGUUUCAUCACCAACAAGUACCGCCACGGCAAAUACAGGAAGUACCACCCACUAUACGGCAACCAGAAAGAGCUCAAUAAUGCAUUGUGCAUAAAUGUGCAGUGCAGUGAUGUGCUGGAGACAUUAAGCCUGAUUUUCUGUGGCGCAGAUGUGAAUUGUUCAACUGGCAUGGUCAGUUGCCCCUCUCCCCUCUCCCUGGCCAGCGCACACUCACAGCCUUUGCAAGCUGAAUUCCUGAGCCACAAUCAGAAUACAGAGCUUCCUUGCUCCGAGGUGGACGGAGGAAUGGAGGAAGUGCACUUCUCAGCUCCAACGUGUGUGUAUCACAAUGGCUUCCUAUUCAAGACUGGCUCUAUGGCUCGGGCUAUCACAGAGCGCAAGGCCAGAGAGGAGUUCAGUCGUCGCUGGUGUACCCUCAACGAUGGGACCUUCAGCUACUACGAGAGCGACAAGAACGCCAAUCCUAACGGGACCCUGAAAGCCUCAGAAAUAGUUUGCCUGGCUGUGGAUGUACCUGAGAAACAUGGGUACGAUCACACUUUUGAGCUCUACUCGGAAUCAGAGCGCCUCUAUCUGUUUGGUACGGAUGACCCCAACAGCCACAAAGAAUGGGUCAAGUCCAUCGCCAAGAGUUUCAUCCCGGCCAAAGCAGAGCCUCUACUGAGGUUAGGCUUUGAGCGAAUCGGGCGACUGAAGUGCAAAGACGGAUUGAACCUACAAACAUCCAAGGUGGGCUGGUUUGCUCUGGUGGGCUCCACUCUUCAUGCCUACUUGGAGAACAGCCAGGGAGAGGAGAUACACCUCCGCAAACUUAACGAACUGUCUAUCCAACAAGAUAAUGAGGUGCUGGUUUUGGUGGAGAGAGGAAGAACACUGUACAUAAAGGGAGAAAGGAAGUUGGAUUUUGCUGGCUGGUGUGCCGCCAUACAGACGGCGGCAGGGAGUGGAGGAGACACUCUGAGUCAGCAGCAGCUGACCGACACGGACAUACCGGUCAUAGUCCACAGCUGCAUCGACUACAUCACACAGUGCGGCCUAACGUCUGAGGGCAUUUACCGCAAAAGCGGUGUGAACUCGCGUGUUGCAGCUCUCUGCGAGCGGUUUCGCCGAGAUGCUCGCAGCCUCCGCCUGAGGGAAGGCGAGCACCAGGUGGACGACGUCUCCAACACGCUCAAGCGCUUCUUCAGGGAGUUAGAAGAAGGGCUCUUCACGUCUGAAGAUGGCGGCACCUGGCUUGCUACGGCCGCCGUACAGGAUGAAAGUAUGAAAAUCUCCCAGUAUCAAGUGCUCUUGAAUAAACUGCCUCGUGUUAACCGGGCUACACUACGGGCGCUUAUCAACCACCUGUACUGCGUGCAGCGCUUUGCUGAGCUGAACCAGAUGAAUCUCCAUAACUUGGCCAUAGUGUUUGGUCCAACAUUGUUCCAGAAUGAUGGAAAGGACUACACGGCAGGCCGAGCCAUCGAGGACCUCAUACAGUACUACACACUUAUCUUUCAGGUGGAUGAGCAGCAGCUAAAAAAGCAGCUGGAAGAGAUCACUGCCAUCAUCCAAAUGCGUGAGAAGCUCAACACCAAAUUUCCUAGUACUGAACCAGGGGGGCAUUUCAUCUGUACAGUUUACCUGGAGGAAAAGAAGGACACUGCAGAACAACACGUCAAGAUCCCUGCUUCCAUGACAUCAGCUGAGCUGACGUGUGAGAUAUUGGACAGGCGCAACAUCCCUGUUAAAGACAAGGAGUACUGGAACUGCUGGGAGGUUAUUGACAAGGAAGAAAUGGAGCGUCCUCUACACUAUCAGGAGCGAGUCUUACCCAUCCUUCACUCUUUCGGCACAGACUCCCAUCUGCUUGUCAAGAAACACAUCGCUAUGGAGGCAAUGAUCAUCUACCUAUCCAGUAAAGUUGACCCAUCCAAACACGGCAUCAUGAAAUUCAGAGAGGAGCGAAGCAUCCUGGGGUUAGGACUUUCCUCGGGUAGUUUCCACGACCGAUAUUUUAUCCUAAACUCCAGCUCACUGCGGAUGUACAAGGAAGUCAGAAGCAACCGUCCGGAACGUGACUGGCCGGUAAGGAACCUGAGAAUCUACUUGGGUAUCAAGAAGAAACUCCGUCCUCCCACGUGUUGGGGCCUGACGGUUGUCUACGAGAGUAAGAAACAAGAGAAGCCAGAAAGACAGCAGUGGUAUCUGUGUUGUGACACGCAGCCAGAAAUGAGGGAGUGGUAUGCUACCUUUCUGAGUAUUCAGAAUGAUGGCGACGUGUGGCCUCAGGAUGGACUCCAGCCGAGCCGGGUGAGCCGCGCGUUGCCGGACACGCGUCACGGUAAUGUGUCACUGAUACCGCUGCGUGGCAGUGAGAAUGAGAUGCGGAACAGCGUAGCAGCUUUCAGCCAAGAUCCGCUUGCUCUCUUUAGAGAUGUUCGAUAGUGGACGCUGCACUCAGGGGCAGGCGCACGGCGUCGGCAUCGGCAGGCGGCUUCUCGACACUCCGGUGACAUCAUCAGUCUGUGACUCUUGAAGGAGCGAAAAGAAGUAACAGGAUGAAAUGAACUGGACCAGAAGAUACAAUAAAUGGACAACGGGACAACGGGUGCACUGUAUUUGUUCCUGAACAGUCGAAGGUGACAGUUUGACCGUGUGUUGUCAUCCUAUUGGUUCCCUUCAGCUUGGCAAGGGUCAAGUGUGAGCCCUCAGCCUGCACUCCACACUUUUUACUGCAUUAAGGACAGUCUGAAGGAAGUAUUCAAUCCUAUUACAGUAUGUUUGUUUUCAAGAAGGAUUUACACCAGUAGUGUUUUUUUUUUUUUUUUUUUUCGUUCUGAAAUGUAUUUUCUGUAUAAUUCCCAUAAAGAAUUGUAGUGGUAACCCUGCAGUUGAACAUGCAAUCAUUGCUAUUGUAAGCAAAAUAAGUGUUUGUACUGUGAGACCUCGGUCAGAGUGUCCUUGUUUGUGUUGUAAAGGCCACAUUUCAAAGCAUUUACAUAACACCAUUUGGUCUGUCCACUUGUUUUGUAUUUUCGUGUAAAAAAACGGAGUUAUGAAACAAUCUCUUAACUGUAAUGUCCUGCAGCACUGGACUGCACAUCAGUAGCCUGUCAGGAGUACCACCUGUAGGUCAGGCACACUUGCAAAAUCUUAUUUAUUUGAAAAAAAAAACAGUAGAAUAGUAAAUUGUUUAUAUAGUGUUUUUAGUGUAUGAUUUGUUAUUGUAGCCCAAAAGCGUAAUAAUAAUAAUCACAAUAAGCAAAUUCUUACCCUUAACUUUCCUCUUGUGUUAGCUUUCUGGUAUCAUCUCUUAUGUUACCGGGUCGGUUUUGACCCAUGUAUUAAAUCAGCUAUAAAAUACACUAAAAAUAAGUUACCGUCAAAUAUCUUGGUUACCUUCUUGAAAAUGUUGGUUUUAAUACUUUUGGUGUGGGAAUGUAGGCCUUUUUUUGUCACUAUACCCCUCCAUUUCAAUUUCCAACAACGGUAAAAAUGAACCUCAAAAGAAUGAUAUUAAUAAAUUGAAGGUUCUUUUGUUACCUGGCUAUUACUAAGGGAUAUAGAAAAAUUUAGCCCAGAUCUUGGUUCACUGUACUUCUUGUCAUUUUUUUCCAUGAUCUAAAUUGUAAAUGUGAAGUCAAAUGAGUGAAUUCACCUCACAUGUCUGUUUUUCUGCUGGUAUACUGGAAAAGGGGUCAAAAUGAGAAUCCCCUGAAGCUUACAUGAUGAGAAGAGGAGCUGGUUGUCAUUGUGUUGGCUAAUUGUACACUUAUGAUUUCAGUUUUGGCUCAAAAUAUUGCUUUAUAAUAUUAUUAUUACCGGGUCGAAACUGACCCUAACAAUACAGUGGUCAUAAUUUCAACCACACCAUUUUAAAAUGUAGUAAAAAUUAUUUUUUGGGGGGGUUUAUUUUGUUGAAAUAGAGUUUCCUGACAAAGUCAAAAAGCCUUGAUGCGAUGAACAAAUGUUAUGUGAUUCUUUUUAUGCAUUAAAAUGUAAAAACGGGUCGGUGCCGACGCUAACACAAGAGGAAGGUUAAAGAAAAUGUUGCAUCCACGGUGGCCUUUCUUAUAUCACGAGCACUAAUAAAGACAAAAUGUCAUUCUGUUACUUAUUUAUUGUUAGGAAACAAAGUUAUUGUAAAACUUCCAUAAGUGUACUUAACAUAAAAUUACCAUGUUCAUUUGACUAAAACGUACAUGCAGCGGUGAUACAGAAGAAGCAUUUUUAGAGAUAUUUGUAUAUGUUCACAAGUCUUUAAUAAACACUGCUAAUUGUGUGUUUGUGUUGCUGUACACUACGAGAGUACAAUGUGACAGCUGUGAAAACACACACACACACACACAGGAGUUAACUUUUCAUCGCCUGCAGGUUUUCUGUCAGUGUUGCGUUGUAGCCAGGGAAUGAAGCCUAUAGAUGUGCCCUGAGGCUACGUGUCAAAGGCAUAUAUGCGGAGGGGUUACAGUGAUCAUAUGGACCUAAAGGGGUUCUGCGGAGCUUCUAAUGUGAGGAUGUUUGAGUCACGGUGGUCCACCAGCUUCCGUGGUCAUUUCUCUAAGCAGAACUGACACAUCAGGGUCAGCGUGUACCUCAAGACACACACCGGAGAUCCCCGCGAGCAUCCCGCACACUGCGAGACCUUCACUUUUCAUGCACGCACACGAGAGCCACUGGAGAUAAACACUGCUUCAUGCAUAAUUGUACACUCACACACACACACACAUUUAAAAUGGCCUUUACUAGAAAGGUCAUUGCAGCAGUUGCAUAAAUCAGAAGCAUUGAGACAGAACAGAGCUGUUCAAAGGUGGGCCAAAUGGAAGACGGAGAUAAAUGUAAAGUGAGCUUCAAGGGUGUUUGCGGGUCACACGGGUCAAGAGCGGCGCUCAACAGAAAUCUGAAUGU